AUGAUUACUUCAAUAUAUCUUAUUACAUUAGCAUGUACAAAUUUAGAUAAUAACAUACACAAUAAUGACUUAAUUAAAUAUACUGUUGAUCGUGAUUUUGCAAAUUUAAACACAAAAAAAAGAUCAAAUUUUUUAAAAAAUAAGGUUAGUUGGUUAUUUAAGUAUAAAUUUUUGGCUUCGACAGAUAAACAAUAUAAUUGUACUAAAAAAGAAUGUUUAUACAAAGUAAUUGUUUAUUUAUUAAGUGAAAGUGAUAUAAAAUUUGAGUCAUUAAACUUUGAUUUAAAUGUUCAAACCGAAUGGGAAAAUAUACAACAAAAAAUAAAAAAUAGUAUUUCUAACAACACAUUAUUUGCACAGAAUACGUAUGAUCGAAGUCUUUUACACAGUUUUGAGUAUAUUUAUUUAGCUGUUAUUGCAAUGCGCGAAUUCGAAUUUUUUUUGUUUAAAUCUAAAUUAAGAAAACACGUAAAAGAAAUACUUUUUGAUGCAAAAAUUAGUAUCAAUAUAAAAAGAAGAUAUUUAUACUUUCUAUAUGAGUUUACAAACCAUUUGAAAAUUGUAUUUUUUAAUCUACCAGUUAAUAUUCAAUUUAAUGACAAUAUUUAUAAAUAUCAUGUUUUCUUACAACAUCUUAAAUUAAUAAUUAGUACAUCCCCAGUAGAUUUACUACAAAGAAAAUACUACAAAAGAUGUAUAGCUACAAAUAUUAGUUUUGGUUAUAUUAAAUUUAAAAAGUAUUUUAAUUCUUUUUAUUAUCUAAUAAUAGAUAUCAUAUAUUCUUAUAAUACUAUUUUAGAUAUCAUACAAGAUAUUGUUGAUUUAAGAAUAAAAGAAAAUUUACUAAGAUUUAGUUAUUUAGAAGACUUAGACAAUACUGUUAUUAUUAAGAAUGAAAAUAAUAAAGAAUUACAUAAAAGAUUUAUAGAGAAAUUAAGUGAAGAAAAUGUUAAUGUUUUUUCAAAUCAUAAAAUAACAUUAUUGUUUUGUAAACUAUUUAAGUCUAGUGAUUAUAAUUUAUUUGAGUUUGUUAAAACUACUAACGAUAUUGAAAAUUUUAUUGCGCAGAUGAGAAGUCGGGUAAAUAAUUAA